UAUGCAUGCCAAGAUGAACUACAUAAUUUCUGAAAGAUCUACAUAUCUAACUUGUGUACAUUCUUAUUUCACGCAAACAUUCCAUUAUGAGAAUUUCUACACUUAUAAUUUACAUUUUCAUAUUUCACAACCAUGGAGUGAGUAGUAUUGUGGCUGAAGAAAAGAUUUCCGGAUAUGUUCUUCUUGCUCAAACGAUUUCUCACCAGUUUAGUGAACGGGAGCAACAAAUACGGAACGGCAAUCUCCUGACGAAGGAGGACAAUGAGGUCAACCCAUAUAUCACUGUAAUCCCACCCAACCUCCCAGACCCAGAUUGUUUCGGCCCAGGCGUUAUUCCAAUUAACAUCACCAUCCCGAAUCAAUCGAUUCUUGGAGAAGUAGGAGUUACGUUAGUAAAAAAACUACCUGAUCCUAAUUGCAUGCAUUUUUUCUUAAUAUUAAUACUAAACAGGUCCGAAACGAGAGCAUACGGAUUUUCCAAGAUUCGUGACGAGUUAUCCUUUGUCGCGUUAAAUGGGGAAUUCAUGGUCAAGUGGGAGAUUAAUAUCCCUCUGAUCCAACUGGAAGGAAAUUAUACUAUGAAUCUCACCGUGGAGGAAUUGGGAAAAGAGACAAGUAUCCUUGGCGAAAAUCUGCUAACAGGAUCUGUCGACAAUGUUUUUUUCACGCUUCAAGGAAAAUCAAACAUUCCAACACUUCAUGGGAAAUUUAUAAUAAGUGAUGUAGAUCUUGAUCUGGGAUUUUCAAACUUUCAUUUGGAUGGUGGCAAUAAUGCUACCGUGGGCGGAGUUACGAUCCAGUGGGACACAUUCAGUGACAAUUUCCAGACAUAUUUUAAUACUUUUUGGAAUAACGAGACACGGGCAAUCAUCAAUGCGAUGAUGGUGUGUGAUAUCAAUAAGAUUAUUGAAAAUUGUACAGUGGCCCAUUUUAUUGCUGGAGACUUUGAUUGCUUUCACUAUGGGAAUCAGGAAUGCUACAAAAUAAACGAGACAAUUAUUGAAAUUGGACACAUUGACAAAAUCAAGCCCUUAUUUGAGACAUACGUCGUUUGUUUGGAGUUUAGAAGUACAACGCCAACUUCUCAAAUGUCUAGUAGCACUACGCCUUCUACUAGUACGACAGAUAAUAGUGAAGGAAAUCAAUUCCAAAAUUCCAUGAAAUUUGUGAUGCCAGUGCUCUUUGUUUUAUUCAUGGUAUUUUAAAAAUAAAAAAACACAAUACAAUUUUUAUUAUAUCAUGAAAUACCAAAGUGGAAAAACCGUUGAGUAACAUUUAAGUAUUAUUUUUACAUGAGUGCUUAAUUCCGAUCUGAAGGAGGGAAUUAUUUCUAAAUACAAUUAACUUGAACAUA